UAUUGACACGCAAAAAAAAGGAGUUUGUGUUUGUGGUCCUGCUCCACUUUUUUCACCUAUUCCUUACACUUUCUUCACCUUCAUAACUCCAAGCUCCUCCUCUUCUUAAUAAUUCUCAUAAACCAUUCUGCAUUUCCACCACAACCCUCCUUGUAAUUUGUGGCAUCUUCCUCAUUAUCAGUCACCAAUGGAGGCUAAGAGCUUUGAAGGAAGGCAAAGUUGGAAAGAGAAGGUGAACAAGGAUGUUGUUGAUGAAGUGGAGGAUGACUCGGAGGAAGAGGAGUCUGGUGGUGGUUUGAUGCUGAGAUUUGAAGAGAAUGAGAAGCAGAAGAAAGCUGGAAGAAGAGGAUCUGGUGGUGGAGGUGGAGUGUCUCCACCAUGUUGUCAAGCAGAGAGGUGUGGUGCUGAUUUUGUUGAAGCCAAGAGGUACUACCGGCGCCAUAAGGUCUGUGAGUUUCAUUCAAAGGCGCCCGUUGUCAUGGUUUCCGGCCUUCGACAGCGUUUCUGUCAGCAAUGCAGCAGGUUCCAUGAGCUAACCGAGUUCGACGAAGCAAAGAGGAGCUGUCGCCGGCGUUUGGCCGGCCACAAUGAGCGGCGCCGCAAGAGCUCGGGUGAACCUUAUGGAGAAGGCUCAAGCCGAAGAGGGGUUGCUUCCAAGCAAUUCCAGAUCAGAUAAGGGCAUAUUGAUCUUGUCUGCUCUCUCCAUGCUCCCUCUCUUCUGUCAUCCAUGGCUUUUUGCAAACUCUAUGUUUGUUCCUAUGCUUAUCAUUGAGAAUAAUAAUUAUAUUAUUCGAGGGAAGUAAUAUGUAUCUGUCAACCUAACUACAACCUUAAGUUGGUAUGCGUUAUGCUUUGUUUGUAGGCCAUUACAUGUGGACUAUGUAAGCUUUUAAAGCUAUAAUGUAUUGUGAGAGUGUUUAGUCUAGCCUCUUGGUUUGUAUACGCGUGUAUUUGGAUGGUAAAGCACUUAUGCUCAUAAGCGUUUUUAUUAAAAAUCCGAGAAUUCUUUUAUAAUCU